AUGGCACGAUACGUAGCCUUCGGCCUACUCGCAGCGCAGAUACUCUCACUGGUGUCUGCACAAAAUGCGACAUACUCGAACUCAACCUCAUAUCCCUGGGGCAGCACCGCCGGGAAAUCAAAAGAUGAGUUCCUGGAUGGUAUCCUCGACCAGAUGACCGUAGAAGAACUGGCUCAGCAUCUGCAUCUGUUUAAGUUCACCGAGAUAUCGGAUGGUGAGGGGCGAUUGGCGAAGUUUGAUUCUGUGGUGGGGGUGAGAGGGAUCGGAGAGAUAAACUUUUGGGGCGCUAAGAACGCCACUACGUACAAUGAUCUCCAGCGCAAAGUUAUCGAAACGGCACGCUUCCCUCUUCCAAUUCUCCAGGGGGGUGAAUGUCUCCGUGCAGUCCUUACCCCAGGCACUACCAUCUUCCCCACCUCUAUCAACAUGGCCGCCACAUGGUCCCCCGCUCUCGUCAAGAACACCAGUCAGGCAAUUGCACUGGAAGCUCGGGCAAUUGGUCAAGGGUCUUGUUACUGCCCCGUUCUCGACCUUGCAAAGGAGCCCAGAUGGGGGAGGAUUGGUGAGAACUUUGGAGAGGAUAAGUUUCUCACGGCGCAGCUGGGAUGGAACUAUGUCAAAGGCUUGCAGAAUGGUGGGGAGCUGAGUGAUAGAAAAGGUGCAAUUGCGUCAGUGAAACAUUUUCUGGCGCACGGGAGCCCGGAGGGUGGAAGGAAUGCAGGACCGGUUCAUGUUGGGAAGAGACAGCUAUGGAACGAAUUUGCACUGCCCUUUAGAGAUGCGAUUCAGCGGGGCGGAGCGCUGGGUAUUAUGUUUGCAUAUAACACCAUCGAUGGGUCGCCGGCAGCGUUUGACCCAGAUCUUCACGCAGCAUUGAACGAGUGGGGUUUUGACGGACGAAUUAUCUCGGAUGAUCACAUGAUUCAAAGAUCUAUGGCCUGGCACCAAGUUGCUGCAAAUUCUCAGGACGCUAUUACUCAGUAUCUCAAUGCCGGUGGAAUGGGUAACUACGCCGACUGGGGCAUCCAAGAGUGGACUCGCGGUAUCGUCGCCGCCAUAAAUGGUAGCACCCUCACCGUAGACACCCUUAAAUCCCGUGUCAAAGGUCUGUUGAAAAUCAAGUACGAUCUCGGCCUCUUUGACAACCCAUACCUUCCCGAUGACUUUACGGAAGGCAAGAUCGACACCGAUGAGACUGCAGCAAUUGCAUCAGAGGUUGCGGAGAAGUCUAUUGUUCUGCUCAAGAAUACCGGAAUACUUCCUCUUAAGCCAAAGAGCGGGAAGAAGGUUGCAUUGAUUGGACCGUUUGUGGAUAGGGUAAACUUGGGCGGUUAUAUCCGUAUGGGAGUACAUGGGCGGAUGAUUACACCCCGUCAGGCUAUUGUGGAUACAUAUGUUGACGAGAAGGACCUUGAAACUCAUUGGGGUGCACCGACAUUUCUUUAUUAUGACCUUAAUGUCAUCCCUAACUACCUUUUUACGCCUCUAAAGAAUUCAAGCCAGAGCGGAUUGAAGGCAACUUAUUACACUGAUAAUGAGUGGAAGAAUAAGGCCUGGGAGGUAGUCGAAGGUCCAAUGCUUGAAUACGAACAUUAUCCACCGUCAGGACCUGGUGGUAAACAACUCCCGAGUAGCGCCUUCUCUGUUCGUUGGGAGGGAUAUCUCCACUCCCCAGUCGACGCAAAAGCUGUCCUCGGCGCCAUGACGCGCAGUGGAAACGUUACUGUAUAUGUCAACGAUGUUCUGCAUUCAAAGGCUACUAGCGGAAGUGUCAAGAAUACCUACAGCGAUACCCCCGACCAGUUCUGGGAGGUUUAUGAGCAAAACUCCACCAUGGUUCCCACUGGCGCUGCUGAAUUCACAUUCAAGAAGGGAGCCUCCAUCAAAAUCCGCAUCGAGUACCAAGGCUCAAACGCUGUAUCUGGUCAACGAUUGGUAGCACCGGCCUGGAAUCUCGUUGACCGAAAGGACGAGCUCGAGAAAGCAACACGAGCAGCAAAGGAAGCUGACUAUGUUAUCUUCAUUGCCGGCGGUUCUGCUAUUGUUGACCAGGAGACAAACGACAUGUCCACACUUGGCCUCUCCCCAAACCAGACCGUCCUAGCGGACGCCGUAUUUACUGCUGGGAAGCCUGUGAUUUUCGUCACGACCGGUGCUAGACCGCUGGCACUCCCGGAAUACUACCGUCAAGCAGCAGCAGUGCUAUACACCGGCUACAACGGACAAGCAGGUGGCCAGGCAAUAGCUGACAUUCUCUAUGGAAAAGUCAACCCAUCUGGUCGCUUGCCUAUUACAGUUCCGUAUUCUGUUGGCACCAGUCCGGCGUACUAUAACCACGAUAAUGCUGCGUACAGAUAUAAGUAUGUGGAUAUCCCCAAUCGCGAUGUUGAUGGGAACCAGAUCCCCAACGUGGCAUAUGGAGGAGGAAUCACAUACAAUCCGUUAUACCACUUUGGGCAUGGAUUGAGCUAUACCUCGUUCAAUUACUCGCAAAUCACGGCCGAUAAGUCGAGUUUUACGGCGGAGGACACAAUAACGUUUGAAUUUUCUGUGACCAAUACUGGUGCCGUUGCGGGAAGAGAGAUCCCUCAGAUAUAUUUGCUACAACGUGUAGCCUCAAUUUCUCAGCCUGUAAAACAGCUUGUGGGGUUCACGGAGGUCGAUUUGCAACCCAGCGAGACUCAAAAGGUUUCGAUUCAGCUCGAUGUGAAUCGCUACCUCAGUGGAUACGACAGGUGGAUGAAGUGGAGGGUUGAACCGGGAACGUUCGUAUUUGCACUGCAGCCAUCAUCGAAGGGUGAAAGUACGAACAAAGUCACAUUGACGCUACCAUCGAGCUAG